CUUAAUACCCCCGAACCACCUCCUUCGUCACCCUCCCCGUUUCUUCCCCUCCCGGCUACGUCUCGAUGAGGGCAGAAGGGUAGUUUCACCCCCUCCCUAUCAAAAUCACCGUUUAUUCGAAUCUCCUCUGGAGCGAAGAACUGCCUGCAAUUGGAGCCAAAUUUCUCUUCUCUGGUUCCUUCAGAUCUGCGGAGCCUGAAACCCUAACAUUGCACCGUUAGUUCUCCUUCUGAUCUCUUCGAUUCGAUAGGGAAAUCUUCGAAUCGAGAGCUGCAACAGCCAUGGGCGAUUUCAAUCUCGCUCUCGUGAUCGUCGCUAUAGUCGUGUGCAUCAUCGUCUUCAUCUUCAAUGUCUACCUGCUCGUUAAUUACCAGCAUCCUGACGACGUUAACCAGGCCUACUUCCCUAAAUUCGUCGUCGUUUUGGGUCUCUCCAUCGCCGCGAUUUCAAUCCUCAUGUUACCUGCGGACGUGGCGAACCGGCAGGCUUGCCGGCAUGCCAUAUACAAUGGCGCGUGUCAUCUCACCUUGCCGAUGAAGGAUCUGUGGCUGGCGGUCUACAUUGCCGAUGCUGUGCUCGUUUUCUUCGUUAUCCCCUUUGCCAUGUUCUACUACGAAGGGGACCAGGACAAGAGUGUUGGGAAACGGAUUAAGAGUGCGCUGUUGUGGAUGGUGACGACCGCGAUUGUGUGCGCUCUGGUCCUGGGUAUCUUAUACGGGCUGGUUGGGAAGGUGGACUUUACUGUUAGGCAUCUCUCUUCAUCAACAACCUCAUUUCCCAGCUCAUGGAACUUCAAUAGUGGUCAGCAAUGCAUAGGAAAUGGUGUUCAUCAGUGUUCUGCCUACUCUGCUAGCGCAUCAUCAGAGAAAACAUGGACCAUGCGUACAACUUUUCCAGAAUAUGUUGUGGCACUUGCUACUAUUGUUGGAUCUGUGCUCUUUGCUAUAUUUGGUGGCGUUGGUAUUGCUUGUUUACCAUUGGGACUCAUAUUCUCAUUUAUCCGGCGUCCAAAGGCUGUUAUUACUCGCUCACAGUAUAUCAAGGAAGCUACUGAACUGGGUAAAAAAGCAAGAGAACUGAAGAAGGCAGCUGAGGCACUUCAUCAGGACGAAAGAGGUGGUUCAAAGGGUAGGAAAUUUCGUAAGAAUGUAAAGGCUGUAGAAAAGGAGUUGUUUCAAUUAGAAGAAGAUGUCAAGCUUCUUGAAGAGAUGUAUCCACAAGGAGAGAAGGCUGAGACAGCAUGGGCACUAACAGUUCUUGGAUAUCUGGCAAAACUUGUGUUGGGAAUCUUAGGGUUGAUUGUAUCAGUGGCGUGGGUUGCUCAUAUCAUCAUAUAUCUUUUAAUCGAUCCUCCUCUUUCUCCUUUCCUGAAUGAAGUUUUCAUCAAGCUGGAUAAUAUAUGGGGUCUUCUUGGUACUGUUGCAUUUGCGUUUUUCUGCUUCUACCUUCUCCUUGCUGUGAUUGCGGGUGCCAUGAUGCUUGGGCUGAGACUAGUUUUCAUUACUAUCCAUCCCAUGAAGUGGGGGGGCACUCUGAUGAAUUCUUUUCUGUUUAACGUGGGACUUAUCCUUCUCUGCUCCAUUAGUGUUAUCCAGUUCUGCUCCACAGCAUUUGCUUACUAUGCUCAAGCAACUGCAGCACAGGAAAUAUUUGGUCACACCUUGCAAUCUCUUCGUGGAAUUAAAUAUUUAUACAAGUACAACGUAUUUCAGAUUGCUUUUGUUGUACUGGCUGGAUUGACCUUUAUAUAUUAUGCUGCUUUUGGAUGGAGAAGAAAAAAGCCUAGUGGCCGGUUCCAAUUGUCUUCAUGAGUUAUGGUUUAUCAAGGAAGAGUGUCUCUUGGAGUGGGCCUUUCUGGUCCUAUGAAUCUCAUUUGGAGUGAUUUUUCAUAUAUCGGAUGUGUUUUUGGCCUAGUAUUUUUGUUGUUGUUGAGAGCUCUAGAGGAGGCCCAAAACCAUCCAUCUGUAGAAUUAUUUUAUGGCACAGAUGAAUCGGAUCGAUGUGGAUGCCUGCCAGUGCUACCACUAAUGGUUGCUUCUUAUCACGCCCUUGUAUGUAUAAUUCCUUUGUUUGAUUUUGGCAACAUAUUUUUUCUUUUUGUUUCUUUCUGUUUUUUGAACUGAGAAUAUAAUUGAAGCAGUCAUGUGAAUGAGUCAAACUUGGGUUUCUCUUAACACUAUGUAGUGCAGACCCUUUGCUAAAUAGAAAGUUGUGAAUGAGCCAGUGUUUCACCAA